AUGCACGAGAAUGAUCCAGCUUUUGGGCAAAAAGGGCUUGGACAUGCAAAUUCACAUACGACUACAAGAGCACUGUCGUUUACAAAUGAUGAAACUGCUUUAGUAGAUAUGACAUUCCCGACACAAGAAAUCAUACCUACAACAAUCAAACAGGAAAAGGUUCAUGAACAGCAAUUGUCAUUAUGGGGCUUAGUACCCGUCACGACUGCCUUAUGUGCGACAUUGUUUUGCAUGUCCUUGGACGCAACUAUUCUUGCAACGGCAAUUCCCAAAAUAACAACUGAGUUCAACUCUCUGGAUGAUGUUGCUUGGUAUGGCAGCGCGUAUCUAUUUGCUACAUGUGCUGUGCAGUUGAUGUUCGGGAAGCUCUACACAUUCUAUUCAUCCAAAUGGAUAUUCAUAACAGCUCUUUCCAUUUUCGAAGUGGGCUCGGUAGUCUGCGCUACUGCACCGACGUCUACCGCCCUUAUUGUUGGACGUGCUGUAGCAGGCUUAGGGAGUGCAGGUCUCUUUACAGGAGCCCUGAUUAUUGUGAAUACACUAGUCCCCCUGCGCAUUCGUCCAAUUUAUAUAGGUCUUGUAUCCAGCAUGCAUGCAAUUGCUAGUGUGGCUGGACCAAUCAUGGGUGGUGUGUUUACAGACCGACUGACUUGGCGAUGGUGUUUCUACAUUAAUCUGCCAUUUGGUGGUUUUGCUGUCCUGAUGAUCCUGCUUUGUCUUCCAUCCAAUUCACUUUCUGUGACCAAGCUCAGCUGGAAAGAACAACUCAAGCACUAUGACUUGCCUGGAACCCUAGUGUUGAUUCCGUCUAUCAUUUGUCUGAUUAUUGCGUUACAAUGGGGUGGAUCCACAUACCCUUGGGACAAUGGUCGAAUCAUAGCCCUAUUCGUCAUCGCUGGUGUACUUUUCACGGUGUUUGUUGGAAUUCAAAUAUGGCAGAAAGACCGAGCCACAUUGCCCAUGCGGCUCCUCAAAAAUCGCAACAUCUGGGGCGCUGUCUGGUACGGAAGUUUUGUCGGAGCUGCAAUGUGCAUCGUUACAUACUAUCUUCCAAUUUGGUUCCAGGCCGUCAAAGGUGAAAGUGCCGAACAAUCCGGAAUUCAUAACCUUCCCUGUAUGAUCGGACUAGUCAUCUUCGCGAUCAUUGGAGGCGUCACCGCUUCAGUUGUCGGGUACUAUACACCGUUGAUUUUCUUAUCAUCGGCAGUCACAGCCGUCGGCAUAGGCUUACUGAGCACAUUGAAACCCAAUUCCGGCAUCGGAUAUUGGUUUGGGUACCAAGUCCUCCUAAGUGCAGGAAUGGGCAUCGGUGCCCAGAACAUGAUGCUGGUAACCUCAGUAGCCGUCGAUAUAUCAGACAUGCCCAUGGCCACCUCUAUCUUGACUUUUACCCAAAUCUUGGCCACUGCAAUUAUUCUCCCGGUUGGUCAAGCCGUGUUUCAAAAUCAGCUUAUUACCAAUUUUCAGUCGAUGUUGCCAGAUAUCAAUGCUGCAUUGAUUAUGGCCAGCGGUGCGACAGGCUUCAGCCGGAUCAUAUCUGCUGAUCAGUUGCCUUUGGCUUUGAGUGCAUACAACAAGACUCUCUGCCAGACUUUUUAUGUGGCAGUGGCUACUAGCAGUAUAUCGAUUGUUGGGCCUAUCUUUAUGGAGUGGUUAUCACUGAAAGCUGUCGUGAAGGACCAAGAGCGAGCAGAGGAGGAGGAAAGGAAGGUCAGAGUUAAUGGUUGA